AUGUCAUAUUUGACUGUACAUACAAACACGGAGCCCCCUGUUAUCAUGACUCCGGACAGCCUGAACUCAAAUGUGUCGACAACUCAAAGUGAGGUGAAAGCUCGGGUGAUGGGUGUGAUCCUGAGCAUCGCCUCCUGCCUCAUCAUCUCCACCAACCUGCUGGUGGCAGCUGCUCUACUUAAGCUACUCCUCAAGAAAUGCAACCAGAGCUGGUUAUUUGUCCUCAACUUGGCACUGGCCGACACCCUUGUUGGUGUGGCCAUCACCGGCCUAGCCACAGAGGACUUCAAUGGCAACAGCAAUAAUAUUUCUCACCUCAUUGAUUAUCAUCCUCCUAAUGCUACAUCUCCUGCUCAGGGAAAGAUCCGCUGUUUGAUGCGAAUGUCCUUUGUGACAUCACCCUGCACAGCAUCCAUCUUGUCCAUGUUUCUAAUCUCACUUGACCGCUAUGCUGCCAUUAAGAUGCCCCUGCGGUACUCCCAGCUGUCUGGAAAGGGGACAGCACUCGGAUCCCUUGUGGCUCUGUGGAUCUGCUCCCUCAUUAUGGGGUUCUUGCCAGUCAUGGUGCGCCAGCUGCAGACAGUGGGCUACCGUGGCAUAUGUGCCUUCUUCUCCGUCAUUCAUCCUGGAGGGAUCAUCGUCUUAUUCAGCGUGUGCUUUUUCCCUGUCCUCUCUGUGUUUGUUUACAUCUACCUGAACAUCCUAAAGAUUGCCUGCAGCCACCAGAAGCAGAUCUGCCAAAUUAGGCAAGCAGGCUCCAGGACGGCUGGCAACACUAGCCAAGAACAAUACCAGCAUCAGCAUCAGCAUCAGCAGCUGAGGAGCCGUUACUGGAGCCAUGUCAAGGCCCUGAGGACAGUGGCCGUGCUUGUGGGUUGCUUCUUGAUCCUCUGGUGUCCUUUCUUUGUGGUGUGCAUUGUGCAACUUCUGUGUAAAAGCUGCAAACUCACUGAGGUGUUGGAGAAUCAUCUGUGGCUGCUAGGACUGUCCAACUCACUGAUAAACCCUCUGGUGUACGCCUUCUGGCAGAGAGAAGUACGGCUGCAGUUAGUAGCCAUGUUUUCCUGCUUUACAGCAAGAUUGUUGGCUCCUAGACCAUUAGGUGUAACAGAAGUAUGUAACCCGCAGCCACAUCUGCAGACUCAAGCUGGUGUUUCGGGUGGAGAUGCCAUUAAUCCCUCACUGUUGCCACCAAUUACCAGUAAUGAAGAGGCUCACACUCAGCCACUGUCUGUCACGACCAACUUAUAA